AUGGAUUCCAAACCCCCAAAAGAUUCCAUGCGAUCAACAUGGCGUACAGCUCCUCGCAGCGAGUGGAAAAUCCACCACUACAUGUUGCAUGUCUUGAACGCCUACCCUAUCGACAUAGACAAGGAGGUGCCGGUGCACAGCAAAGAUGAGAAAGUGCCAUAUAUGCCCCAGUGGUCUCUUCACCGAUGGGUGCUGUUCUACGCUGCUGUUCCCUUACUCCUCCACGAGUCCUAUAUGGCCUUCACCGGGCGCAAUGUUGGCCCAAUCGCCGCCUUCAACUUCUACCUCUUCGCCUUCAACGCCUCAGUCAUAUACCAAGUCCACAUCCUUCGCAGGCUCGGCCACCAAUACGGCUUCCUAGAUGGCGACAAGCACGAACGCGACGGAGUCCCCGAUGUCGGCGUGUCUAAAGUCGUAGCCUCAGUAUAUAAAACUACCGGCUCACGGUUGAUCCUCUCAAUCUUCCUAUCCUACAACCAAACCCAAAGACCCUCCCAAAUGUCCUGGGCCUGGCUCCCCCUCGAGAUCGGGCUGUACGGCAUCGUCCUCGAUUUCUGGUUCUACUGGUAUCACCGACUGAUGCACGACGUGAGCUACCUGUGGAAAUACCACCGCACCCACCACCUAACCAAGCACCCAAACCCAUUGCUAUCCGCCUACGCAGACCACGAGCAAGAAUUCUUCGACAUGGUCGGCGUGCCUAUGAUGACCUACUUCAGUCUAAAACUAAUGGGAUUACCGAUGGGAUUCUAUGAAUGGUGGAUGUGCCAUGAGUACGUGGCGUUCGCGGAGGUAUACGGUCACAGCGGGCUACGGAUGCACAUGACGGUGCCAUCGACACUGAGCUGGCUGUUGCAGAUGUUUGACGCCGAGAUCGUCAUUGAAGAUCAUGAUCUGCAUCACCGGAAGGGGUGGCGGAAGAGUCACAACUAUGGCAAGCAGACGCGGCUGUGGGACCGGAUUUUUGGGACUUGUACCGAGCGGAUUGAGUCUGCGGCGGGAAAUGUGGAUUAUGAGAAUAGGGCUACGAUGCCCUUAUUCUAG